AUGCAUCAAGAGAGGUGCACCAGAGCCAAUGGUCUAGGAAGUCCUUCGAUUUCAAUUCUGUGAACUGCACAAUGUCAUGGGCUGCUGGGGACUUCUCGGUUUUAAGUUCCCUGAGGGCGAGGGCGCGGUCCCUUCGUCCCAACAGCCGCUGCGAUGGCGUUUUUAAGCGGGACGCCUCGCAGGGCGGUGUCGCGGUGCCGGAGCCGGGGCGCGCCGCUUCUCUGCGCCCGCGGGGAGGAGGAGCGCCCGGGGCUGCGCGGGGCCCGGCCCGGCCCGGGCGAGCUGUGGGGGUGUGUGUGUGCCCGGCGGAAGCAGCCGCUCCACGUCCGGGUCGGGUGUCGCCGGCGGGGCGAUGCCGCUGGUGGUGCUGUGCGGGCGGCCCGGCAGCGGUAAGAGCCGACGGGCGGCCGAGCUGCGGGAGGCGCUGGGCGGCCCGGAGCGGGCGGCGCACGUCGUGGCCGAGGCGGAGGGCGGCCGGGCGGCGCUGCGGGCCGAGGUGGAGCGGCGGCUGAGCCGGCGGGACGUGGUGAUCGUGGACGCGGGCAACGAGCUGCGGAGCAUCCGCUACGAGCUGUACUGCGCGGCGCGGCAGGCGGGCACGGCGCGCUGCCUCCUGCACUGCGCCGGCGGCGCGGGCGGCCCCGACGAGCCGCCCUUCGAGGAGCCCGACCCGAGCUGCCGCUGGGACCGGCCGCUGUUCACGGUGCGCGGGGAGGAGCCGCUGCCGCUGGGCGCCAUCCGCGCCGCGCUGUUCGAGAGCGCCCCGCCGCCGCCGCACCGCGCCACCCGCACGCAGCCGCUGCAGUCCUGCGGCUUCCUGCACCAGCUGGACCGCGUCACCCAGGACGUGCUGGCCGCCGUGCUGGCCGCGCAGAGGAGCGGGGCGCAGCCCGGGGAGACCAUCCGCGUCCCCGGCGUGGCCGAGGGGCUGGUGCUGAGCCGGCCCGUGAGUGUGGCCGAGCUGAGCCGGCUGCGGAGGCAGUUCAUCAGCUACACCAAGAUGCAGCCCAGCGAUGAAAACCUGCCGCAGCUGGCCAGCAUGUUCCUGCAAUACCUGAGCCGCAGCAUCCAGUGAAGUGUCACCUGUGCCACCCAGCAGUGGCGGUGGUCAGGCCUUGAGGCACAGAGCCCUCAUAGCCUGGGUCCCACCUGUCGGGGAUCGGAUCGCUGGGCAGCAGCAGCAGCUCUGAGAGGGUGGGCACCGUGUCCCUGCAGCAGCCGAGCCAGCUGCAUUGCUGGGGGGAUCUCCAGGGAAGCAGUUCCUCACCCCUGCCUUCUCCCCGCUGGCAUCUUGCAAAAAGGAGAGCUGCUGGUGUAUCCCCAAGCAAGUGAAGUCUCCCGUGGAGAUGCAAACCCCAGCAAUCAAAUAGUGAAAGUGCAAAAGGUGAUGGCUCUAGGGAAGACUUUUCCCUCCACGUUGGCAUGUGUGUGCCUGGAAUAAGAAGAUUGUUUUUCCAGAGCUGCCACCAGAUAAUGUCAAACUGCAGAAGAGACUUCAGGUCCAGAACUGGAUCAGGCUGUAUUUUUAGGAUGUGACUGUUUCAAAAAAAUCUGACUGACCCAAGAGAGAUUUUCCACUCUGCACUGCAAAAGGGUGCUAGCUUAACAGACUCAAACUUCUCUGUUUCAGGUCUAAUAAUAAAAUGUGUGCCUUAAAUGGAGUAAAGUCUUAAUUUACCUGCACGACUAUUUUACCGAAAAAACUUGUCCAUGUCUUUUUUCUUCAAGGUCAUUAUACACCCUUAAAACCAUAAUUUUACACCCUUAAAAACACAAAUUGCUUAAGAAUGAGUGCUGUCAUAGGAAAAAUGAGCUAAAAUGACAGAAAUAAAUGUAUUUAUUUCUGUUCUGUGUGAAACUUAUACGUCUGUACUGGCUGUGAUGGGUAGCUAAGUUUCCAAUAAUUUUGGGUACAGCUUAUAUAAAACUUCUUACUUUCUGGUGGAUGCUUCAUUCUUCAUUCUAAUAAAUGGUGCUUUUCGUUUUAAUUUUAUGUGUAGUGCUCACUGGGACAAAAUGGUGAAGUGGGGCAGGAAGGGUUACUUCAGUUAUAGUGUCUGUCUGGCACACCAGGUGCUAAGGGGCUUUAUGCACUGCAGAACUUAGAAAUUACUACAAAAAUGUUUUUCAUAUACAUGAGUUUAUUUUACCAGUUAAAGUAAAGAGAACAAAGCUGAGAAAUCACAUCAAUUAUCUCAAACCUCUGUGAGUUCUCACUGACUAAGAGUUGGUAUUUCUAGGAAGUGAGCACUUUCAUUUAAAAUCUGCUUUUAAAAUUUCUCUUUAAAAAGAGUGUGGCAGUACUAGCAGACCACUGAACUCUUUCAACAUGAAUCAGUGAUCCUUGUUGAUGAGAACAAUCUGA